AUCUAAGUACGAUAUGUUAUUUUGGUGUAAUAUUAUAUGUUAUAACUCAUAUGUUAGAUGAGAUUUGAUAUAAUUUAUCAGGAUAAGUACAAUAUAAUGACUCUUUACAUAUUUUCGGACUAAACCAAACUAAAAAGAUGACCCUUAACCCUUGACUCACUAACUCGACCGGGUGCGGAUCAAACCGCUGUUUCACAACCUUGUUGAGAGGGACUUUCAUAAAUUCCUUAAAAAACAAGACUUUCAUAAAAAAAAAAAAAGUGGUCUUUUCCCCUUUUCUUUUAGCUUUCAAUUUAGGGGAGCGAAGAGUAUCGUCGGAGUUUUGGAGGGGCUAUGUUGGCAUUAACUGCAGGGUUUAAGCAGAAGGUCGUCUUCUUCUCCUCCUCUUCCAAUUUCUUCAACGUCCCCAAAACCCUUUUUCGACCUCGACCUCUCCAGUUCCUUGUCAUGGCGACUCCGCCCAGGGUGUCUUCGCCGCCUUACUCUACUGCUGCAUCCCCUAACCACGCUCCUGUAAAGCGCGUCGGCACUCACAAUGGAAGCUUUCACUGCGACGAGGCCCUCGGCUGCUUCAUGAUUCGCCUCACCAACAAGUUCGCCAACGCUGAAAUCAUCCGCACUCGCGACCCACAGGUGUUGGAGACUCUUGAUGCUGUGCUUGAUGUUGGUGGUGUGUAUGACCCGAGUCGUGAUAGGUAUGAUCACCAUCAGAAAGGAUUUCAGGAGGUGUUUGGACAUGGCUUUUCCACCAAACUCAGUAGUGCAGGACUUGUUUACAAGCAUUUUGGAAAGGAGAUUAUAGCCAAGGAGCUACAAGUUGAUGAAGAUCACCCAGAUGUUCUAUGUUUGUUCCUCUCUGUUUACAAAAGCUUUAUGGAGGCAAUUGAUGCUGUUGACAAUGGAAUCAACCGGUAUGACACAGACAAACCUCCUAGAUAUGUGAACAAUACACACUUGUCUUCGAGAGUUGGGAGGCUGAACCUUGACUGGAUUGAUCCAGAUCAAUCCUCUGAGAAGGAGAACGAAGCUUUCCAAAGAGCAAUGGCUCUGGCUGGCAGCGAGUUCUUAGAAAGAGUUCGUUUCCAGGCAAGGUCAUGGUUACCUGCACGAUCAGUAGUUCUGGGAUGUCUUGCAGCCAGGUUUGACGUUGACCCUAGUGGAGAAAUCAUGGUUCUGAACAGAUUUUGCCCUUGGAAGCUUCACUUGUUUGAGCUUGAAGAGGAGAUGAAGAUUGAACCUUCAAUCAAAUAUGUUCUCUAUCAGGAUGAACGGAGCAAAAGCUGGCGAAUUCAAGCUGUUGCAGUGUCUCCGGACAGCUUCGAGAACCGAAAACCUCUACCGGCUCAAUGGCGGGGGCUGAGAGACGAUGAUCUUUCCAAGGAAUGCGGAAUCCCUGCUUGUGUGUUCGUCCACAUGAGCGGCUUCAUUGGAGGGAACCAAAGCUAUGAAGGAGCCCUAGCCAUGGCUAAAGCUGCCCUCAAGCUCUAACUUUGAUAUUAGCAUUCAUACAAUCCUUCCUUACAGAUAAUUGAUUCCAUAUUUUCCAUUUCGAACGUUGAUAAAUCCUGCAUUCCUUUCACUGUCAAUCUGUCAACAACACUGUAAGGAUUCCGUUUUUAUUCUGAAAGCAGAUUAAAAUUUUCGCAACAAC